AGAUGAGUCUCGAUGUUCUCACGCAACAACAUCAGAAACGAAAUGGCUGAAGAAGAGGUCGAGCAAACUUCUGGGAUUCUUCAGGAAAUUUUCACUUCGCCUCUGAACAUUAGCUUGCUAUGUCUCUGUUUAUUCCUGUUGUACAAAAUCGUCCGCGGAGACAAGCCUGCAGACUUUGGCCCGGUUGAAGAGCCGCCGCCUAAACUAAAGAAAAGAGAUUUUACUUUAGCAGAACUGCAAGAGUACGAUGGACUGAAAAACCCCAGAAUCCUGAUGGCUAUCAACGGGAAAGUGUUUGAUGUUACAAGAGGGAAGAAGUUCUACGGACCAGAGGGCCCUUAUGGGGUCUUUGCGGGCAGAGAUGCAUCCAGAGGACUGGCCACGUUCUGUUUGGAGAAGGAGGCCUUGAAAGACACUCAUGAUGAUCUUUCAGAUCUCAAUGCUAUGCAGCAGGAGAGCCUGAGCGAGUGGGAGACCCAGUUCACACAGAAAUAUGAUUAUGUUGGGAAGCUUCUUAGACCUGGAGAAGAACCGACAGAGUACACAGAUGAUGAGGAAGUCAAGGACAAAAAGAAGGAUUAGAACACAGAGAUCACAGAUCUAUAUGAUCUAGUUUUGUUGCAGUCACAUUUUGCUGAUAGCUCAUUUUGACUGUUUUGUCUGAACCUCCAUGUCAUUUCAUAUACAUCACUGUGACCUUAAUUAGCACGCCAUAUGUUCAUAAACAAUCUCAUAUCACUGUAUUCAUUAAACUAAUGUAGUAUAUGUUAUAUCUACAGCAACUGUGACUCAUAAUCAUGUCAUUUGAAGAAUUCUUGGGUAAAUAUAUUCUUCAGGAAUAUAUGGCUUGCUGUAAAUAUGGGACAUAAUUUCUCACUCUUUUUUAUUUUGAGUGUUGACUCCAGAUUUUAUCUAACCAGAGAACAUUUAAACCAAAUGCAUAUAUAAACAUCAAAAUACACUAGAAUGCUUUUAAAUGAGCGCCAUAGUAAAAGUUGGAGUGGAGAUCUCAUUCAGGGUUGCUUAUCAGACCAGUUUCUCUGAUACAGAUUAAGACUAGACCCAUGCUAAAGAGGGUUUCGAGAAAACUCAUCACAUACUAGUCUUAACAUCUGCUCAGGAAAUUUGUAGAUUAGACGUAACAUUCCAUGAGAUUAUGUUUUCAACUUUUGUUACCAAGACAAGUAUUUGCAAAACACCUUUUCUGUUCAUAUAUUAAAGAAUAUGAUUUAUUAUCAUUGUGCUUUACUGAUUUUGUUUUAAAGCUCUAUGUUUGUUUAAAGUAUACAUUGCUGAUUACUGGUGGUGUAUCCAUGGACCCAUUGUGCCCUUGAAUAAAGCAUUUAACAAAGCA